CAUCAUGCCUUUCACUGCUUCACUGGCGUCAUGUCACCCUGUUGCCCUGUCUUGUCGCGGCAUCGCCCGGAGAAAACCCACCAGCUUCAAGUUGCUAACCGUGAUUGAUAGUGAUAUCUGCAAGAUCAUCUUCGCCAUCAUCCUGCCUCCUCUGGGUGUUUUCCUGGAGCGCGGAUGUGGUGCUGAUCUCCUGAUCAACAUCUGUUUGACCAUCCUGGGAUGGAUCCCCGGUAUCAUCCACGCCAUGUACGUGUUUUCGCACUGUGACGGCAGUGUUUCCGACUAUCCGCGAUCGACUUGA